UCAUCUGUUACUUCCAAAUUCCAAUAAAAACCAACCAGCAUGAAAGCCUCUGAGAAACAUCGCUUUCUGUUUCUUAUUCAGAUCAUUACACAGAUUUUCAUUCCCUGCUUCAUGUUAUGUUUCAUGGUCGUCCAGAAAGUGGAAGCUUUGAACAGGAACAAGGUCUCUGCUGUUUACGUGUUUGGAGACUCAACAGUAGACCCAGGAAAUAAUAACUUCGUUAAUACAGCUUUCAAGGGCAAUUUUCCACCCUAUGGCCGAGAUUUUCCCAAUCAGGUUCCAACAGGAAGGUUUAGUAAUGGAAAACUUGGCACUGAUUUUCUUGCAUCAUAUAUGGGUUUGAAAGAGUUAGUGCCGCCAUACUUGGAUUCAAAACUCAGCAUCAACGAUCUCAUUACAGGAGUUAGUUUUGCUUCUGCUGGUUCUGGUUUCGACCCACUUACACCAACUAUUACUGGUGUGAUUCCAAUACUGAAGCAAUUGGAAUAUUUCAAAGAAUGCAAGAAGAGAUUGGAGAAAGUGCUUGGGAAGAAAAGAACUGAAAAUCAUAUGAACAAGGCAGUGUUUUUCAUAAGUGCUGGCACAAAUGAUUUUGUUGUUAAUUAUUUUACACUUCCAGUAAGAAGAAAGAGAUAUAGCCUCUUAGCAUAUCAGCAUUUCGUGCUUCAGAAUUUACAAGAAUUCAUACAGAACUUACGGGCAGAAGGUGGUAGGAAAUUUCUUGUGGCUGGGUUGCCUCCAAUGGGAUGUUUACCUAUAAUGAUAACCUUAAACUCUGAUAAUGCCUUUCUGGAACGAGGUUGUUUGGACAAGUAUUCGUCUGUUGCCAGAGAUUAUAACCUCUUCCUUCAACAUGAGCUAAGUUUGAUGCAACUCAACAUGUCUAAUCCUGGUCUUAAGAUCUCUUACAUCGACGUUUAUGGUCCUUUGGACAGUAUGAUUCAUGCUCCCGACAUUUUUGGGUUUGAACAGGUUGAAAUUGGCUGCUGUGGAAGUGGGUACAUUGAAACAACAUUUCUCUGCAAUAAAUAUUCUGCUGUGUGUUCUGAUCCAUCAAAGUAUGUAUUUUGGGAUUCAAUUCACCCCUCGGAGAAGGCAUAUUAUACCCUCUUAUUGGCAUCUCGUCCUGCAAUCGAUGCCCUUGUUAAUCAAUGAAUAUGAUUUAUGUAUAAUGGUAAUUAAAGGAGAGAAUCAUUGUGAAUUAGCUUGCCAUUAACAUUAAUGUGUGUGUGUGUGUUGAGAACGCUGAAUUUAUCUGAAGUCUUUUAAAUGAUAUAUGUUGUGCGGUAUUUAUCCAGCAAGCCAUUAUUACGA